AUGAGCGAUUUCGGCCUAUUAUUUGGCCGUUCAUCCUUCGCCGUUCACAGUUCAUCGUUCACCGUUCAUCCUUCACCGUUCACAGUUCAUCGUUCACCGUUCAUCCUUCGCCGUUCACAGUUCAUCCUUCACCGUUCAACCUUCGCCGUUCACAGUUCAUCAUUCACCGUUCAUCCUUCGCCGUUAACAGUUCAUCGUUCACCGUUCAUCCUUCGCCGUUCACAGUUCAUCCUUCACCGUUCAUCCUUCGCCGUUCGCCGUUCAUCCUUUGCCGUUCACAGUUCAUCGUUCACCGUUCAUCGUUUACCGUUCACAGUUCAUCGUUCACCGUUCAUCCUUCGCCGUUCACAGUUCAUCGUUCACCGUUCAUCCUUCGCCGUUCACAGUUCAUCGUUUACCGUUCAUCCUUCGCCGUUCACAGUUCAUCGUUUAACGUUCACAGUUCAUCGUUCACCGUUCAUCCUUCGCCGUUCACAGUUCAUCGUUCACCGUUCAUCCUUCGCCGUUCACAGUUCAUCGUUCACCGUUCAUCCUUCGCCGUUCACAGUUCAUCGUUCACCGUUCACAGUUCAUCGUUCACCAUUCAUCCUUCGCCAUUCACAGUUCAUCGUUCACCGUUCACAGUUCACCGUUCUCAGUAAUGGCCGCCAUUUUGAAAUUUGA